GAGGUAACGGAAGCUUCGAGCUUUCAGGCACGGCUGCUCGCUCCCGGUGUCCGGGGCUGCGUGCGGCCAACCUCCGCGCCGGUGGCUCUCUCCGGGGCGCGUCGAGGAGGCCUGGCGAGCUGUCGGUAAACAAGGGGCCUUUAGUUUUCAGGUGGCGAGGCUGACUGGGCUGCUUGGAGGGCGAGCAAGCCAAGCCGCAGCGCUGUUUGGAUUUGGUAGAUUUCUCAGUAGCAAUGGAGAUGGAGUGUACCGACCAACAGCUCCAGCUGGAGGCAUCAACUCCCACCAGUUUAUCUGACUUCUGCCCAGACUCUGAAAUGCCAACUAUGUCAAGGCCUGCACUUGACGUCAAGGGUGGUAGUGGUAGCACCUCUGUGAAGGAGGAUGCCAACCAGGAGAUGAAUUCUCUGGCCUACUCUAACCUCGCGGUGAAAGACCACAAAGCAGUGGCCAUCCUGCACUACCCCGGGGUCACCUCAAAUGGAGCCAAAGCCAACGGGGCUCCCACCAGCUCCUCUGGAUCAGCAUCUCCAAUGGGCUCUCCUACUGCCACCCCUUCUACCAAACCCCCACCCUUCAACCUGCACCCUGCCCCUCACCUGAUGGCCAGCAUGCAGCUGCAGAAGCUUAACAGCCAGUACCAUGGGGCCGCAGCGGCUGCUGCUGCCACUCCAGGCCAACCAGGGGAGGCGGGCCCCGUGCAAAACUGGGGCCUUGGGGCACAGGCCCAGGCCCAGGUGCAGGCCCAGGCGCAAGCCCAGGCCCAGGCGCAAGCCCAGGCCCAGGCCCAGGCCCAGGCCCAGGCGCAGGCGCAGGCUCAGGCGCAGGCCCAGGCCCAGGCGGGAGGGCCAGGGUCAAUCACUCCUCCUGCUGGUGCCCAGAGCCCUGCUAUCAUUGAUUCUGACCCAGUGGAUGAGGAGGUGCUGAUGUCUCUGGUGGUGGAACUCGGGCUAGACCGAGCCAAUGAGCUUCCCGAGCUGUGGCUGGGGCAGAAUGAGUUUGAUUUCACUGCAGAUUUUCCCUCUGGCUGCUGAUGCCAAGUGUCCCUAAAAAUUGAGGAACAAAGCCACCAAUUCUGUUGUAAAUAAAAGUAACUUGCAAAGAGACAA